AUGGAGGAGCUUGAUUUUCGUUCAAAGACUUCUACUUCUCGUCUUAGACUUUUUGGAUUCAGCGUCGAUGGAGAAGAAGAUUUCUCUGAACAAUCGGUGAAACCUAACCAAUCAUCAGAGCAUAACGAGUUUCCGGCGGGUUCCUCCGGAAGAAGUGGUGGUGGUGUAAGAAUCCGAGGAGGAGAACGUAAGUACGAGUGUCAAUACUGCUGCAGGGAGUUUGGUAACUCUCAAGCUUUGGGCGGUCACCAAAACGCUCACAAGAAAGAGCGUCAGCAACUCAAACGCUCUCAGCUUCAAGCUACACGUGCCGCUAAUUUCUCUAACGCUGCAUCAGCGUCUCCAUAUUUACGGAACCCAAUGGUCUCCGCCUUUACUCCUCGGCCUCAUCUCCUCUCACCCGCCGUUUCUCCCCCCGGGGGAGGAGGUUCUUGGAUGUAUCUUCCACGUGCGUCUCCCUCUCAGUCUCAGCUUCACGUGUCGCAUGGCUGCGUGAUUCAAGAUGCUUCGGGUGUGGGAGCAGGUACAAAUGGGUUCUUGUAUGAUUCUCAUGACAUGAAACACGUUCAGGCACAUGGACCGAGACCAUCGGUGAAUGGGUUUUCAAGAGAAGUGGGAUCCACUUUUGAUGAUGGAUUAGGGUUGGAUUUGCAUCUGAGUCUUGCCCCAGCUGGUCAUUAACGUUUAGUUUAAAUCCAUCAUAUGCCCCCCUACCUACCUGCAAGUAUAGCUCGUGUAUAUUUUCCUACAUUUUGAGUUUAUUUUAUUUAUUUAGUCAUUAUAAUUUCUGUUUAACUGUACGUCUAAAAACGUGUUUAUUUCCUACCCUAAUCUAUA